CCUCCACUCGCCAACGAGGACCGAAAUGGCUCUCCAAAGAACGACGUCGAGUCGUAUUUCCAAGUUUUCCCGCGAGAAGAGUGGAAUGGCUUCGUCCGCUUUGCCCUUCAGGGCACCGUCUCUCCGUCGCUCGUGCCUCGCCCCUCGCUCCCUGUCUGCAAUGACUAUCCUUUAGCCCCCCACUACGACCCCCACCUCCUAUCCCAUGGCUGCACUAUCCCCCCCCCCCCUCUGCCUCUGCUACUGCGCGUUUGGUAUAUAAAAGAGACACUUCAGUCCCUUUGGUCCAGUCUCCCACACCCAGGCACCAUGAGACCUCAGGUAGCCCUUCUCGUGCUGGCGGUCGUGGCCGUCGUGUCCAGCGCUCAGGAAUACAGCACGGAGGAAGUCAUUAGGAACCUGCAAACCACAGCAGACGCAGAGGAGUUGGUCGACUGUGUUCUCGGCUCCCGCCAGCCCGGACUGCCUUGCAGGCAGAUGUUCUUGGAUUUCAGACGUUUCUUACCCGACAUCUUCGAAAAUAAUUGCCGCGGGUGCACGGAUCAGCAGAAGGACACGAUACAGAAUGCAGCGCUGUUCAUGCAGAAGAAUCACAACCAGUACUUCAAUCAACUCUCACGGGGCAUCAGGGGGUCCCUCGGUUGAGCCGCCGCCACCGUCCCUUCAGUAUGGAUCCUUAGCCAUGGGCCUCUUGUCUGGAAAUAUAUCCUUUGUGAUGCAAAAUCAGUUGUCAUUAAAUUUAUGAUUAUCA